AUGCUCCUACCCGUUUUAAUCGCGAGCCUGUGGGCGUUUACACUCGCUGAGAACAGCCGCGAAGAACCGAAUUAUUUUGUUUUUGGAGGACAUGUCAGAUGGAAAAAUUCGGAAGCCCCAAUUAAGAACUUUGCGCCCAGUUUGCGGAUUCAUCUACAAAGCCUUUCUCACCAAACGCCCCACCAGGUUUUUAAUGUCCUACCGAACGGCGCCUACUCAGUUGCCGUCUCAUCCAAAGGCACUUAUCGUCUUCAGCUGGUUGCCCCACAGGGCUGGAAUUUUGUUCCAAAAGACGGAUAUGAUAUUCAAAUCACAGGCGCUGGGCAAAACGAGGAGUAUGUCUUUUUCCUCACAGGCUUCGAUGUUAGUGGUCAGGUAAGUGUUUGUGUUGAUAAAUUCCUUUUUAUGACGUUUUUUUAACCACCCUACUAACCGCGCCUGUCUUCCCCUCGAAGGUUGCCACUGCAGGCAUGAAAACCGGUCCGCCGAACUUAUACGUGUCUGUGUUGGCCGUCGCAGAAUCGCUAUCACCAUCGAGCGCCGUAAUUACUCAGAGUAAGACCACUGCUGACGGCAGUUUCAUCCUCUCCUCAUUGUCACCGGGAGAAUACUUGGUGACUGUCAGUGAUUCGAAAAUGCUAAGUGGCCCGGAGGAUGUCAGAGCUAGCACCAAAAUCACUGUCUCCACAAGCAGUUUCAGAAUGCCUGAACCUUUGGUCUUGCAGGUUAGUUGACCUACUAAUGAAUCAUAUUAUCUACACAAAUUACCAUUAAUAACCUCAUUGGCAGCUUUCAUGAAGUUGUAGACAGAAGCUUUGUGGACUGCGUCUGGCUUGAAAAAAUGCCAGUGUCUUGCCCAACAAAAAUUUUCUUGCUAGGACAGUUUAUAUUUUUGACAAACGAUGUGUGCACCAAGUCCUUAAUGCGUUCUCUGCGUUUUAUCUGGCCCGCAUACUUCCACCCGACACGUCCCGACACAGGCGGGUCGGUUACUUGACCCACAAGCCAAGUUCUGUAGAAUGUCUUGAUUUUCAACCCUGUAACCAAAGUAUCUACAUUUGAAGCAAUCGCAACGUACUAUUUCCCAAGCUUCCCGACUCUCCAUUUGUCGGAAGGAAUGCGGUGUCUCAUAAACUUCAUCUAUCUUGGUAAACUAACACGACAAUUAUUAUUCUUCAUAGUUUUUACCUUGCCGAUGCGUGUUACUGCGGUGGUUGUGUAAACCCCUGUAUUUUCCCGUUCUCGUUACAUAAGGAUAAUGAUUUAAUUGGAAAAGGGUAAAUGUGUAGUUGGUGAGCGCUCUUCUAUCAUAGUCAAUAUCCCCGAUCACAACCGAUAAGACAACGAUCCAGCGUAGGACUUACUAACACUCGAUAACCAAAGAAUGCAGGUUCGGACCUCAGGUUCCUCAAACCUGGAGUUGGGUAAGCGCUGGCGUAGAUCGGGGUGCCGCAAGAUACCUCGAGUGAGUUGGUUCCUAUGUAGAUUGCUCGGUGUCGCAAAUUCAAAGGUACCCUCCGACCGCAGGGCCCAGUUCCUACAACAUACAAACUGAACCGUCUGGAUGAAGUCCCCAAGCGCUCAUUUGUAAUUCAGGAAAACUGGUUAUGUGCGAAAUUCAGGAUUCAUAGAGUAAAAGCUCCAGGUCCUGUAGAUCUUUGCUGUCCUCAACCUAUCGUUAAAUCUGUGAUCUUAGCAAACGGCACUGCGUCUGUUUUAUAUAUUUUGAGCUGUGUUGCAUAAAUAUUCACCAUACGUCAAUAAGAGAAACGUAGUUUAUGUUCGCGAAGGUAAGAUUUCCGGGUUGAUAAUCUGGGAAACUAAAAUUACUGACCAGAACAGAUUUGUCCUGUUUCUGACGUUUAGACGUGUUUAUUGACUCUUCAUUUCCAACGCGUCUAAUACCAGGCAUCGACUAUAAUUUUAGAUGACUGGCCGAGCUAGUCGGCCUUGAGCUAAUCAGUUAUUUUCCUCCUUCACUGUUUCAGGCCUUUGGCAAAUGUCUGUGAGGUUUGACAGCCGUUGGCGUUGCGUGUCUUCAUCGCAAUGGAGGAUGUUUGUAACUCUGGCUUUCUUUUUGUAUGAGUUCAUCGCAAGGCUGUGUCUAUUCGGAUUUCUUAAGUCCGGUGCGACCUUAUAAGCCACAGGGAGGCCUGAAUGCCUGUUAAUAGAGUUGGCGUCUGAAUGCCAUGCCUCAGUUUUGAGUUAUUCUGCUUUUGGGGUGCCUCGGCCUUAGAUGUUCGCCCUUGAAGGUCAAAAGUGCGACCAGUUUCUCCAAUGUGAGUUACAAGCUGCGAAUUUGGGUCUGGCCUCCGAGCCGCGAGUCUGCUCAUGUAGGUGGGACUUCAAUUCUUGCUCCGUUUCCCCGAUAUAGUUGCAGUCCCCAUCACCCAAACAUGUUUGGUAGACAGCUGCCGAGGUUUCGGUAGGAGAUAGUCUGUCUACGCCUCAGACUCGGUUGAUCCGAAUAUCCAAUUCACAAUGGAAGCUGAAACAAACAACCAACUUCUCUUCCUCCUUCGAGGUGAAGAUGCGCAACACCAACGGCUGUCAAACCCCACAAACACCUGCCAAAAAGCUGAGGCAGCGAAAGAAGGAAAAAUCGGCCAGCCCAGAGCCGGCUAGCCUUGCCAGUCGUUUAAGAUUCUGAUCGAUUUUCGGUAUUAAACACUUUGAAGGUGGAGAGUCGAAUAAACUCGUUAAAACGUCAGAAACAGAACAAAUCUGAUCUGAUAAGCAAAUUCAAUUUUUCAAAACGUACAGUAGGUGUGCUAACUAAUGAAAUGCCAUGAGUUAACACAAAAAGUCCCUAUAACGCAAAAUCCGCCUAAACUGUAUUUCCCAAAGUCAUACAGCAGUAAAAACGACCUUUUUUUAAAAAAAGAGAAGGCACAGUUGAGCUUAUAAACCAAUAUUUACUAGCGUAAAAAUAAUUAAUUUUCGCUGAAAACUAGAAUUUCAGAAAAUAGCUGUAUUACAAAUCAUUCGAAUAGGACUAACUAUAAGGGCGCAUAAGGAAGGGGAACGCAUGAAAAGGGGAAAAUAAUGAAACAUAAUAGCAAGUACAGAAAACCAGUACUUUGUUGAUUGUCCAUUUGUAUUUAAAUCUCAGACAUGGAGAUGGCCAGAUUGCCUAUAGUGGACUGCUCAGUGUGAUUACCUAGCACAAAAUCAAGCUUUUCUUGCAUCGAAAGUUUCUUUUUUGCUUUUACCGAUGUCCUUUGAUGAAUGCGAAAAGAUUUUCGAUGGGAUUGAUAUCUUGACUGUUGGCAGGGAUAAAAAUCGACCGGAGGCCACAUUCAGGCAAGCUGGCUGUUGUCUAAAAAGUCAGAUUACGGUUGAAAGCGUUAUCAGAUUCAUACUUCUCUGGAACGAUGGACAGGGACAUUGUUGGGUAAAAUUAUGGCAUCCAAUCAGCGUCGAUGGAUGUCAUUGUAACCAAGAACAUCCUCGCAAUGUUGACGGUCACCUUGCUGUUGAUGGUGCCCCUGGUUGGCCGCUAGAAUGGCCGCUAUCCGAAUUUAAUAGUUACCCAAGUCACCGACAGUUCUUGAAGGUUGCCGUCGGCGCAGUUUGCUCUUUUGGGAAGUUCUUUCCACAUAUGACCAUCCGGGUCGACUUCGUAGGCCUGCCAGGUCGCUGAGGAAGGCCACGAAUUCAACUUCGCGAGCAUGCGGAUAGUAGCGCGGGCCAGCAGUAAGACAGGGCGAGAACUGUUGGAGGCCUGGGUGUCUGACACCAGCGUUAUCAACAUACAUGUUGACAUACCCCCUGCUAUCACGCGCUCCGUUCCCGCGGCCAAGAGACGAGACCCAAUUCCCAGCCAAGGUUGCCCGCAAACUCAGUCUUAUCGCGAACACCACCCCCUGCACUCCUAUGUCCCCUUCUUUGUCUGACUAGAAAACUGCUCAUUUGACGCCAAAUUCUCACAGUCUUUGACGAUGGCAUUCUGUACGAGACCGAAAGCUCGGAUUAAUGCACAGACUGUCUCAGUGAUCGCGCGUUCGCCUUCUUUGCAACAAAAAUCUGGGACGCGCAUAUUCGCUUUCAUUCUUUUCUAUAUUCGCUUGAUGCCCGUCAACACCGCGCCACGACAUUUCUAUCGUUCUCUCAUGCAGUAGCUAACAGAGAUGCGAAGAGGAGAAACCCCGGAAGCUGAGCCCCCGGCAACUUCUUUCAGCAAGUUCGUCAUCCAGGACGCGAGGUUGCGACUUCUGGAAGUCCAUACAGCAAAGUACCGCCAGACACACACGAGUGUACUUUUGCGAUGAAUGUAAAUGCAGUUUAACCUGACUUUCUCCUGAUCCACGAAACCAGCUUCUGCUAACAAGACCAAAUUUGCCAACCAGGAAUGACAUCUCCCAAAUCCAUUUUGAUCACUUGUGAGCAUUUCGUUUCUUUUAAGGGGUCUCAUAAAUGCCCACGCAAUUACUCUCCCCAUCACCGUGCGACAAAUUUAAGCCUUGCUCACCAGUCGGAAGUUCUUACCAGUAUUUCAGGCCUCACAUUUAUCGAUCAGACAGGUGUCGCAUUUUUAACUGGAGGGAAUGUGCACCGUUCAAAAAAGAAAAAAAGGAAAAUGCCCGGGUGUGACCGGGGGAGGUUCGUCCACGAGCUGUUAUAUAUCCUGAUGUGCAUGCAGCUGGGACUCGGAGACCGACUCACCAGUGUUUGAUAACUACUUUAUCAUUGUUUCUGCCAUAAAAGUGAUGUCUUCUGCGACUGAAUUUGUUUCCACAUCGCGCGGGAUGAACGCCAAACUCACACUUUACUGGUGAAGUUGAAAACAAGUUGGAACGGUAUUCCAUGUACUCAAUAUUUUUUUACUAAUGUUCGCUCUUGUAACUCCAAUGUAUUCUUGUGUUUCUGGCUUCAUUGAUGGGACGGUUGCAUUAAACCCAAUGACUGUGGCUUUAAUUUCUUUCCCCUCCCUUUUUAACCAGGGCCAUGUUCUGCGUUCCAGCGUGACAUUUGCCGGAAAGGGUAUCGCCAGAAUUCUUGUCCUCUUGUACGUUUCCAAGGCCAAUACAUUAACAAAAGCUGAUCUUGAGAAGUUUGGUUGUUCCAAAGUUCCGGGAAAAUCCUCGUACCCAGUUCCUAAAGAACUCUUACCAAAGAUAGUCGAGAAGCCCGUUUGCCAGGUUUGUCUUUUUAAUGUUCUUUUUUUCUCUCAAGAAGUACCUCUUAAUUUUCCGAGACCUAGCUAGUACAGGUAUGUUUUACGCAAGUUGAGCCAUCUCCAAGUCUCUUUACUGUAGCAGUUGACCCGUUGGAGUCCAACCCGUCAGUUUUCUCUGAACCACUUUGUAUAUGCGUCCUCCCUGUGGUUUUUCCGUUCUUUUUAAGUUGUUCCUGGCGUUCGAGCUAUGCAGUGCUGGGCUGAGCCACAAAACUUCAAACCUUAACUCGGUGAUUUCGUGCCGCCGUUUUUCCGCUGUCCCACCUGUCCGAGUUUUGUCAUAUUUCUCCCAGCAAAGCUGCCGGAGGCCAUUUGCUGUUUAGUAUAAUAUUUAGGGGGUCGAAACCAUGUAGCCGACGCCUUUCCCACUCUAGACUUUUCGAAACCUUGCUCGUGGUCUAGCCAAUCCUCCUCGCCCUUUCUUCAGCACAACCUGAACUCAACCUCUAGUCUUUUUGCCUCCCUCUGAAGUGCACUAUUUAAAAAUUCGUCCCGUCUUUGGCCACAGACUACAUCAGUUUAUUUCUCUUCCCUGGAUUUAGGCCCUCACCGAUUCUGAAGGCGCCUUCUCUUUCUCUCGCCUGGCGGGUGGAGAAUACUUUGUUGUCGCUCAUCACGAGACUUCUCUUACGCCUGAAUUGAAGUCUAAACGCCUCCUAAUUGAACCGCCUUUCUUGAGAGCCCAGAUGGAACACCGCGAUCUUCUCUUAGAACCAGGCUUUCAAGUGACUGCUUUUCAUCUCUCCGGUGGGCGUGUUCAGCUCUCUAAUAUUCCUAUCGUUGGCGCCAAGGUAUUUCCAUGAUGUUUUUGGUUCUGUGUUUCGAAUUACGUUACUUCGCUCACUUGACCCUCAGUUCGCAGUGAAGCGAGUCCUUCCAGCAAACAGAGUUUCAUUUCAGUUUAUUCCAGACAUACUAAUUUGUCUUAUAGCAGUCGUACGAAAUACAUCAUUCCUGUAUUUUGGUAGAGGGGCGCUCACCGAUCGUUUUUACGGAACUCACUCUUCCCAUUGUACCUUAGGGCUUUUUCUCGAGUUCAACCAGCAGCCACACAGCGGCACAUGAUAUAGGCAGAAUGUUAUUACCGAUCGGUGAGCGCCCCUCUACCAUUGUACAUUCUCGAUCGCAACUGACAGGACAACGAGCCGGUGGCUCAGUGGUUAGAGGUGUUGGACUUCUAACUAACAGGUCGCGGGAUCGAGCCCCAGGUGUUCCACACUCCGGGGUUGGGUAUGACUGGCUGACGACAGCUAAUAAGCCACAAAUGGCCAUUCCAUUCUUGUCUUUGUCGCUAAUAACAUUCUUCCUGGUAUUUCUCCGGAGGUAGCCUUGUCUCUCAACAAACAGUUUUUAAGUGAACUACCGGAAUUCUAUUGUCAAUAUUUGUUGAGCUUCACCUUGUGCUUGUUCCACCCUUAGAUCAUAGUGGACGGCAAGAUUUCUGCUGAAUCGGAUAAGACAGGCCUUUAUGAACUGAUGAUCUCAAAGCCUGGAAAGUACAAGAUAGAAGUGAGUGCUGCUUAUUUUUCUUUGUUGCAUCAGAACAUGGCAGACUUUUUCCAGCUAUAUCCUAAAUUUGAGAUAUAUACCUUUAUAGGUAACACUUCCGAAAUACCAAUUUCCUGAAAGUGUCGUCGAACUCACUCCAAUGACUGACCGCCUCCCCAACUUCUCACCCUCCGCUGUGCAGUUAUGUGGGAUGUUCCUCUUCAGCUCAUCUUCGAAGAUUAAUCAACAGGUUAAUUUUCUUACUGCAUUUAUCAGCCUUUUUGGGAUCCUUGCUUUUUUAGAGGUAAACAUUGCCCAUUGUCCCCUCCUACUCGCUGCCUACAGGACCUCCCCGUUGUUCAGUUCGCCGACGGUUCCCAUGUGAUAGAAAGCGCUGUUGCCUCAUUGUCUGCUGAUCACAGCUCUGCUAAGUUUUGCACCUACCUUCCGCCUGGGAAGCACUCUCUUCGCCUGACAAACUUCUCCGACUUCGUUCGAUUCUCACCGUCUAGUCUUCUCGUGAGUGCUUUUCUUGUUUUCUUCAGACGAACUUAAAUGGCUUCGAGUUUUUACGUUUUCAAAUAACAACCCCUAUGGGUUUUUAACCUCUUAAGGACGGUCAUACAUGUUGCUUUAUGAGCUCUGCCAACUGACUCCCGAAAGCUCCCCCACACAGUUUUUUUGCAGUUUUUCAGGCUAUUUGUAUCUUUCCUCUUCAUUUGUUUUUCGUAGAAAAUUACGACAAUGCAUGAGGAGCGUUUUCGCUCGAGAGCGAUCCUUUUUUGAUUUGAACCUAGCCUCCUCAGCAGAGGACAAGAAGGUCCGUAGGAUCUGUCGAAUAUAAUUUCCGACCGCGUGGCCGUUUGUUUUCAUUGAUAGCCUAGGCUGUGACUGAGCUACUCUCUGGAUAAAAUGCUACCACCGCAACCAUAAUGACUAAUUUCAAAUCCUCACACAGGUUGACCUCAGUGUUGGUCCACCGAAGGACCUUCUCUUCACUCAAUUUCAAGCCAAGGUGGAGGGUGAAAUCUUCUGUGCAGUAGACUGCACUGUUGCAGCCGACCAACAGCUCGUCGUCAAACUCGUGCCUUCGGACGGCCGAAAUUCGGAUGAUUUAACUUACUUUGCCUAUGUGCAAGCGGAUCCGGUACGUGAGAUUGCUUGUCAACCAGAAAACAACAGUUCUUCCUCUGCUAUUCAGUUUUGACAUUAAUUUCCUAUUCAAGUUUUAUAUAGAUUUCCUCGCUAAUUAAGUUGGUUUGUCCAUUUCCAAUCCUUAAUUGAGACGUGUAAUCAACGUCCUUUGAGCCUGGAUGCGCUUAUUUUUUCUAGCAUAUUUUCACACUAAAUCUAGUCUCCCACAGUGAUGCCUGAAUCCAGCUGUCCACGAUCCUUUUUGGCGGGUUUGUCUUUCUAACCGUUGGUAUUUAUUUUUUUCAGAAGAGUGCGCGUCAUGCUAUUUACUUCUUUGACUCGGUGUUUCCGGGCACCUAUGAGGUCCAGUUGGUCAUGAGGCCCGACGCCGAGACAUCUCCCCUUAUAACCUUUCCUGCCAAUAACUGGUGUUGGGCUCCAGCGUCAGAUCAAGAGAAGGCGAGUCACCCGCGCCUGAUCACCAUCGUUGACAAAAACUUGGACGUUAGGAGCACCCCCAGUCUACGAUUUGAACAAACCGGCUUCCGAAUCCAUCUUGAGGCACCCCUGCUGGAUGCGGGUUUCGACCGCCCAAUAGAUCUCACAGUCGCCCCUCUUGAUGACCAUAAAACGUCCAAAAAGCAUGGCCACAAAGUGCCGGCCAAUCCAGUUUCGCCAAUGAAGUCUAUUCACUACACGUUUACAAAACCGGUUAGCACGGUAAGUUUCCAUUUGGCCCCCGGCACUGUCUACUACCUUUCACCAGGAAACACCUCCCUGUAUCUUAUCAUUAAGAUGAAUUAGAAUGCCCGAGGUUUGACGUAUCGACCACCUACCUAUAUUUCGACUUAUUUCAUGGCAGAAGACGCCCUAAGCAACAGCUUGAUUUGUAGUGAUUUUGUGUGUUACUGGCCUGAGUUUAUCUUUUGCAAUCUACGCUUCCUAAUGCUGUACUUAAAACAAUUCCUCUUACCAUUACGUUCGUCUAAGUCUAGCGAUAGUUGCGAGGAAAGAGACACAGUCGCUGGAACAAGAGCUUUACUAGCCUGACUUUUUGGAUUCUCACUCGAAUCCCUCGUCAGAGACAAAUUCAGAUAAGAGCUGUGGAUUGCCCAAGUGUUUCAGUAUCUUUAGGAUGUAGUUGCUAGGUCACUACAUACCUACCGUAAUUAGCAGCUCCCGAAUACAUCGCGGGUAAUUGCACGUGAUGUGAUAAUUGUCCAAUCGUGUCGCCUUCGCGACUACUUCCUGGAACUCGCUUCUUCUGGCCCCAGCACUGUUACCACUAGCAGUAGUGGGCAACAAACCGAAAACCUCUAGCGACUGAACUUUAAAAUAAUGGCUUACCACCAAUAGAAACCGGUUCCCAGACCAGAAGAUCUCCGACUCAUUCAUCAAGGACCGCCGUUUAGAGCGGCUACUGGAAAAGGGGGUAAAUGCAAAGGAUUGUGCAAAAGUUGUCACGCAUGUCAGAAUUCCUGGCAGGCUAUGAAAUUGACCACCACUCCUGCAGCCCUAAAACCUUAGUUGGUGAUGCAAUCAGGCUUUUCCGUCCAUUUCUACCGCGUCUUUGUUACACUACUUAAGCCGAGGGAGGGACACCCUACUGACUUUGCUCACCCACACAAUGUACAAGGCUUCCUUCCCCCAAGUUGCCGCGGAGGAACGUCACGAGGACCCAUUGCCCGGAGUUAAACCCUACAUGGAUUGGAUUGAUUGAUUUGAAUCUAUGGCUCGCUUAUUGCUGAAGAAUCCUCCAUAAAGCACCAUGGUCAUAAUCUGUAGUAGUUAGAGGGCGCCAUACUACGGUUUUGCGCUAGACGUCUGUCUCAACAGCAUGGAGUUCAGGGAAGUCCAUGUUUAGCUGUGGUUUCGUUUGGAGGAAGCUGUUAUAAUGUCAGAGACCAGAAGAUCCUUCAACCGACCUCUUCAACUUAUGUGUCUGAUUUCUGCGAGAAAAAGAUGGAAGGAAAUUUGGGCGGGAGGCAAUCCAAAAGGAAAGGUUUUGAGGGCAGGUUAAUCGGCUGGCACUUCAAAUUGUCGCUGGGACGCAUCUCAGAAGCUCAGUCGCCCGUUAAGGUCGGUUUCUUUGCGAUUUUUGGCCACUAAACACGCCGCUCCCCUGAUUUUUUUCGUUGCUAGUCCAAAACUACGCUCCUUAUUGUGGGUGUUAGUAAUAUUUAUGCCAGAGAUUUGAGAGGUCUCUCCAUCAGUCCGAGUCAUUCCUCUGCCUUUACACCUCACCGGAAGAAAGUUUCACAAAGGGACCGUGUCUCAUGCAGUUGUCGUCUCUUGUCAGCAUGGCCCUGCCUACGGCAGCCGGUUUAGGAGUUCCGGACAAACUGCUGUCCGAGUCUUUGGAAAAUGCAAUUACAUUAAUGACUUACUCUUUUUGUGCGUUGCUAUCUUCGAUAUGCGUACACUUAUCUAGGUUCUUUCUCUUUAGAUUUGUCUUCCUAAGGAGCCCCAGUCGAUUUCCUUCGAGGCUAAAACAGACUGCCUUCGUCUGGCUACACCUCAACCGAGCAUUGUGCAUAUAACGAAAGAUGUACCUGUUUCGAAGCCGGCCUUUAGCGUUCAACUUCAGGUCUCUGAACUGCCGAUCAAUGUCACUGUUGAGGUAUCAGCUGAGUUUGUCAGCCUUUCAGAGCUGAGCAUGCCACAUUUGCUUGUUGAGGCCGCUAUCGAAAAACCAGGCAAGGCUGUGAAUCCAACCACUCCGCUGGCAUCCACGUAAGUUCAGUUAGAUCCUAAUCUUUUACGUUUGCGCAGACUCCCGCUCCCUGGCCUUAUUUGCAGGAUGACCUUAAGCGCUCCGAUCAAGUACGGGACUAUAACUAAAAGAUCCGAACACAUGCUGCAUGUAAAACCUGAGAGUUCGAUUGUGUGUAUAAAUCAGCCUGACCAGGCAGCUAGGCCCACAACCAUUCGCGGCUAUCUAUGCCCCGUGCGAUCAGGCAGGGACAGUCGGAUUUUGCCAUUUAGGAACUUAGGACUCAUCCGGCAUUUCGUACAAGGUUGCCGUUCUCCUCAAUAUUGGCCAGGGACUCGCGUGUUCACGUCUCCUACGUUACCAUAAAAGGACUCUCGUGUUACUCUGCCACCUUCCCAAUUUAUUCACUUUCGAUCCGCACUGCCUUUUCAGUAUUUUGCCGCCUUUGGUCUAUCAUGUAUAUUCUACCCGUAGUUGUCAUUUAUUUACCUUGAGCCUGUUGCUAGCAGGGUUUUGACCUCGUAUUUGGAAAUCAAGCUGGUGGCUGCACAUCACUUGCUGACUUAACGUUCCCUCUCAUUUUUGCGUUUUAAGAUUUUAACUCAUUUGCCACUUUGUUGUCUCCCUCAGAAAACCAGCGUUAUGUCUUAUGUUAGAAUGGGAACAAUGCACCUACGCCUUUUAGACCUUCCCCAGUAGUACUGGUUUCGCGUGCACAAAAUAAGACCGCUAUCGAUCUUGAACCGCUCUGUCUUAGUUCUUGAACCAGGGUAGGUCAGUGAAUGUCACUUUCAUACUUUUGACCGUUGAAAGCACAUGGUUAGAAAAAGAGAAGUCGCUUGAUACUGGAAGCAAAAUAUUCUACCUGGAAGAGUAAACGCAAGUUCCGCCCUACAAUUCACCAUGGGACAACAAACCGGUUUUUAAUUUUACGGCCUAAUAUACUUUUAUAACAUACCAUGGGGUAAUAACAGGCUUACACCGCUGGAAAACGCGUUGUUCAGUUUUCUAAAUUUGCCAUAGCAUUGCCUACUGACUGUUUAAGUUGCAGAUUAUCUCGAAUUGUCUGGCUUUGGAUGGUAUAAGUGUUUAUGCUUCUGCGCUAGAGAUGUUUACAUUGCCAGCUAGAAGGUUUUCCCUCUGAUAAUAACGUUAUCGUCGGGCUAUUUAACAGUAUCAUUAACUUCUCGGCCGGCAGACAUGCCUCAGAGGUCGAUUAUCCGAAAACGAGAUGUAGGUUGUGGUUUGGUCUAUCUCGUGAAAUGUUGAUCUAAAUUCUAAAAUUUGCUCUCGAGCAGAAAGGAUUACUUAAGCGACGUUGCAACACCGAUUAUCACGCAGCAUAAUCUCAAGAUAUUUCAGUCACGCCAGGGUGCCGGCCUUUGAAUGAACUGCUUUCCGGCUGUCUGCAAAAACUGCGCUCCUCAAAAAUGAUUACUCGAGCAGUAUGGAUACUUUCCAUUGUUUUUCAGUGUCCUUACAAAUAAAAAUGUAUUUUAUGGAAAACACGCAGAAGUACUCUUUCUUGUACUCAUUUUGGAGCAAACUACGUCAAAUUUUAUACUUGAAGAAAGGAAGUCUCUCGGUCUUAACCAGCUUGCAAUUAUGAAAUUUUUAGACCGGGAAGAGUUCAUUCAUACCGCAUCGAAUUUGUUCACUUAUUUAUGCCGCUUAUGAACUUUACAACAUGGUCCACAUUCAUUGCAGAAUUUGAUGAGUUCUGUAUGACCUCCUUUGAGUAGCGUGGAGAAAUGUAUGAUUUUCCUUGCACAGAAAGUAUGAAGCAUGUGGUUUGAGACCCUGCGCGCAAGUACUACUGUCGGGCGGGUUGAACAUUAUCGGGUAAUUUAAGUUUUUCAAAGCCGACGUGUGAAAUACAGUGAUCCCCCCUCCCGCGAUCGCUGGGGUUGCGUUCCAGGGCCUCCAGCGAAAGGUGAAAAUCUGCGAAGUAAAAACCAUAUGUUUUGUGGUUAUUUUUAUGCAUCGUAAGCCCUUAUAAACCCUUACACCACCUUAUAGACAUUCCUCACACAGUCUAAUUGAACUUAGGUUACCUAACCGCGUACUCUGAUCGAGUAGUUUCUCGGCCAUUCGCCAAUAGCAUGUUGUAUGUGGAAUCGAUUGAACAAACCACCCGAACAGCAUGUGCCAGGAACAAAAUGACCCAUUGGCUGCAGAAAUUCGUAAUUUAUACUUAGAGAUGCUUGCAUAUUAAAUGCGCUUUAGAGCGAGACCGUGAUAGUCGACGCGCGAUAUAGCGAGAGGUUAUUGCAUAUUUAAAUUUGUUAGGGUUCCGAAAAUCAAUUAAAAAUGCAUGCUACUCAAGUGGUCAUUUUCUACUGGUUUGGUUCUUGAAAGCAGUCAGGAAAAAGUGUAUUCAAAAGCCGGAAUCCUGGCGUGACUGCAGUAUCUCGGAAUUAGGCUACAAGAUGAUCAAUGUUACAACACCACCCACGUAAUCCUUUCAGUUCGAAAAAACCCAUCUCGAAAUUUUGGUCGAAAUUUCUUGAGGGGCACUUGAAAGCUGCGAAAGGCUCGUUUUUGAAAUUGAGCAUAUAUAGAAGCAUACUGUGUUUGAGACGGUUGUUUUCAUCCCCACCCUGAACACUUACCCACUCAGGUUUCUCCCGACGGAAAGCCUAAGCCCAAUCCGUAACCCAAAAUCCGAUAUAUAUAUCCCUAACUCUGAGUUUAUCCAUAAGCCCUACCUUGAUCAAAAACUCAUCUGUAACUGCAACAGUUGGGAAAAACACGGCGAGAAGUACGUGGCGAAGUCGGGCCUGUGGGUCGCUCCAGGUGACCUUGUCCACCUGGCUGUUCGACCUUCACCGGAUUCAAUCUCGGCCGUCUACCCACUCAUCGUACCGUCCACCCGCACCGUGCGGAUUCCCGGUCCCCUCAGCCUUCAUAGUUCGCACUACGAUGUCGAAGAGGUCUUUCCGGAUCCGCUGUCCAAAGAAACACCGCACCUGUCAACAGAUUGCCCCACUGCGCUGAGGAGAGCGUUUGGCGACCUCUCUGCCGUUUUUGUCAUGCAACCGGGAUUUUUCUUCACCGGGUCUGUCGUGCCACCCGUGGAUAAGGUAAGUCGCUUACUCUCACCACUUAGUAACUUAUGACUUUCGCUGGAAUUUACUGUGCUAAGGCCGCCAACGUUUAGUCCUUCUAGUGUCUUAAAAAAAACUCCACAACAACAUCCAUGCAUGUUAUUUUCAUUUUAUUUCCUUGCGGAAAAAGAGGCAUAUAAACUGGACAGAAUAUUAUGGUUUCUGGUCAAGGAAAAAGCCAGUGUAUCUUUUCGUUGUCAGUACUGUGGCCCGUUUUUAAGGGCCUCGUUUUGUGCUCUGUUUCCGCAGCUGUCAUGGCUGACAGAGCUAGAAAGUCCGUCUGCGUACGCCACAUACCCGACCUGGCUCCAAACGCACACACCAGGAUUUCACAAAAAAGAGUAGACUUCACGCAUCUCACAUGUAGCAGAGGAGCCACAUAUCGAAAGGAGCCGAAGAGCACACUUUCCACUUACAUUUGGGUGCCGGUGAUGUGUGAUGUUGGUGUCUAUGCGUGCUACACGCGUUGAUGGGGGAAUAUCUGGUGUUGUGAUCAUGUCUGCGGUUUUUAUGCAGGCGCAUGUGACCGAGUAGGUGCAUGCGACGACAGAAUGUGCGAGGACAAUGCGGGCAGAUAAGGCGAUGAUGCCUGGUGCAUGUUGGUACUUCAGAUGCUGGCUCGCUAGUCUCUGCGAUGGAUUCGCAAGUGACUGACCAGGCAGGCCUGGCGAAUAAGCAGUCACGGGCCGACAGUGAUAGUGCUAUCAGGGCGCGGAGGACUAAAGUUUGGCACACCGACUGCCUUAAAAGGUGCCGCAAAGACCAGUGUCUGCACUGUGACAUGUUGACCGUAAACUACCACUAAGCAAGUCUGCUUGUCACCGCUGACUUGUUAGGUUCUUGAGCCAAAGCGCCUGAGGAGACAACCUCGGUGAGUACUAGAGCGGUUGUUAGGGGCACGCCUGUACUCAAAUUCCCCAGGAAAACUCAUGAAAGUGAUGUCCAACUACGGUGUUACGAUCCAUGCUACGGCGUCCAUGGGGACCGAUGCGCUCCGCAACCCUGAUUCAGUGGUGCGAGCCAAUGGUAUGCGAGCUGGACCACUCAAUCGGGGCGGACUCUUGGUAGUAAAUGCUGGAAUCUACAAACGUUUUGGACACAGGUGCCUAAAGUUUGACUGCGCGCCGUCUUCAUCAGUAGAACGUGGAUGUCUCCUGCCCGUCUGAAGUCUGAAUCCCGACUCAGUCUCUCGGAAAAUAAAGAUCCUGGGGUUAAACUCCCAUUUUGCCUGUCCAACAGCGACUCACGCGACUGUUCCGGUGACCGUCCCCUCGAUACAACCGGAUCGUGCAAUACUUGCAUGGAAACCAGUAAAUGACCGGGUGGCUUCCGUGUCACUGAGAGGCCAGCCUACGAACAUCUCUCUGGUCUCUGUUGACACACCAACAUCAGCUGACAUAGAGCGAUAAAGAGAAGUUCGACUCGCAGCUGCAGGAGUUAAUUAAGAAACCCUCUCGCCGUUAUCUGCUGAUUGUUGCCGCGGGCUGGAAUGGCGGGACUGGACCCGACGACUCUUUAAACAGUCAGCUUACUGGCCUCUUUAGGCUUGGUUCUCGAUGCAACAAUGCUGAGAGGAUGCCCAAUUUUGCCCAUCAGAGCUGAGUGUGUCACCAACACGGGCUUUCAGCAUUACAACAAACAUCUGCCGACCUGGUAGUCAAACGACGGCCAUACGGCAAGUCAGAUCGACUACAUUCUGAUUGGUUCAAGGUUUCUUGGCUGGGUUCACGAAUAACAGAUCGAUGCUUGGUGCCGCAACUGAUUAUGCCCUCGGGUCUGACCAUGUUCUCGUUCGCACACACCCGAAAGUCCGCACCCAAAACGCCACCUGCAAGACACCUUGAUGUCGCAAAACUUCGACAAGCCAGCACCGCCGAGACCCUAGGUACAGUAAUCAAGUCCCUUUUUAAGAGCUGGGCCGACGGGGAGGUUGAGAACUAACGGUCAUCGUUAAAGUCAGAUGUUUAUGCAAAAGCUGAGAAUGCCUUUGGACUUCUCCAGCGACACCGCAGUGACUGGGUCAGCUGAAGAAUCAUGCAUUUGUAUGCUUAGACGGCUUGAGCCAAGUUCCGUAAUGGUUAUGAUCGCCUCCAUCAGCUCCAGAAAAUGACGGCAAAAUUGGAUAGGAAUGACCUGCAGAAGUAUUGGGGUGAAAUAGCGACCUCAAUGGAGCAGGCCUCAAACGUUGGCGACACUCGAGACCCACCAAAUUAUCCGCCAAGUUAGCAGUAACCCCUCAACGCUAGUGACUAUUCGCAAUGGGCUUGGCGGCUUUAUUGCCGACAACUCAGUCAAGGUCGGUCGUGAGCACUUCAUGCACCUUCUAAACCUCAAUGAGCAACCCAUCACACCCUCGUUCUCCUCUUCAGCGGAGUCUUAUCCCACUCGAGCCUAUGCAGGGUCAUACGACCCCCCUUCAGUGGGCGAACUUACCAAUGCAAUACAGAGGCUUCACUGCAACAAGGCGUCCGCAGGGAUCGGUAUUCCCACGGAAAUCUAUAAGUCUUGUCUCCACACACUGGCGUCCGGGCACCAGGAACUGAUUCAGCAAACGUCGUUUCUGAUGACUUUGGAUCGGACAUCCUUGUGCCUGUCUUAGGAUUUUCUUACUGCAAUUGGACCCUCUCUACCCAUUUUCAACCGCCUCAGCACAUUGGUACAGACUAGAAGGGUUCCUGGGGCAUUGUCAUUUGAGCACAAUCGACUCCGAAUGCGGCAUACCACAUCACUGCAGGCGUCCCUGUAGACGAUCGAUCUCUGACCAGUAUUACCUGCUAAGCUGACAACUGCAGAGUUGUGCUUAUUCAAGGCGAUCAUCACCUACGACGUUUGCCUCGUGAGACCGCGACCGCAUCAAGGUCUAAAGCAAAAUUGCCCGAGACCCUAUGCCACUGAGCCAGUUGAGUUGUCGGCUAAUCCACAAGGGCCAGUGGCAGCUCUUACGGGACAUGCUUGGGGAUGCCUUUCCUCAGUUUAAUAGCUGCGGUAUUAGGUGACAUCCAAGUAUUCGGAAUCAAGCCCAUUUGAUGAUUUAGGCUAUCUGGCGCUCGUUUCGGCUCUAGACAUCGUUCUCAUCCCUUGACCCUAAUGUCUUCUUAUGUGGCCUUUCAGCCUCUUUAAAUAUGUUCAUAAGUCCUUUCUUAUCACAUUUUUGCCCUUUUGGCCUUCCAGGUUCUGGUUAGCGUCUUUGCUGACGAGGGGCUAGUGUCCUAUACACUCCCCACGGACCCCAUCGACCUCAGCGACUUCUCGGACAUGGGUAAUGAAGCGCUCCCUACCCUGGUUACGCGAACCCUCACAAAUGCCACUGGCGUCUUCAAAAUCGGACCAGUUUACUUCCACGAGGGGGGCCGUUCUGUCUCACCCUCUUCCCUCCUCACUGUGCGCCUCCAGAAGCCUGGCUACGAAUUCUCUCAAAAAACCCCUGACGGCGACAAGGCUGGUUCCACGGAUCAUUUGUGGACUUUCAGUUCCCACAAGUUAGCCCUUGUUGAACUCAAACUCGCUGACGAGGCCGGAAACCCUCUACAGAGUAAGUCACCGUUUUUGGAAUGGGCGCGCAAGAUGCAAAUGAGAAUACAUAGCUAGAUGUUUUAACGUUAUAAGAGCUCAUCAGUCUUCGGGAGCUCUACACCCUCGGGCUAGUGUUAAAUCUCCCGGCUCACGAUCCUAGACCAAAAUCUAAAUUCAGCUGCCUCUGUUACCAACUGGCUGGAGAUUUGGGUAAGUGCUGGUAGCAUGAGAGCGGGCCUCACCAAGCCCUAGCCUGUCCUGGGUUUCGAAUGCAAAACGCUACUUUGAACAGAUGGAUUAAAAGCAGCAUGCUGCUGGACACAGGAGCUCAUGACUAGAAUACGCCAAUUCCAAAUAUAGGCAAACACAUUUUCAGGAAAGUUUGACGUCUGUAGUUGUAUCCGAAUUCCAAGCCUCUUGCGUUGCUUUUCUGCCUUUGUACCCUUUCAAGAAAACCGUCCCGUCGUCAGAGUGAAAUGCCUGCGUUGAAUAGUCGUCAAAUUCAAGCAUAUAGCCAGGCAUUUUAAGUGGAUAGUAGGACAUCGAUAUUGAAGUGAAUAUGAGGCCGUAAAAUUGCAGCAGCUGGUGGUUCUUCCUACGUCGUUAUUAACCCUUACGCGCUCGCUGUCUAUUGCCAUCUGUCGAUUCUUUGUGCGUUUUUUGAAAUGCGAUUUGAUAAAAUUAGGGACAGGUAUGACCGGGUUGGAUUCUUCUGCCUGUCCGGUCGUUGAUCAGUCCUCCUCGUACAAUGCCACCCCUGUUUGGCAACAUUGGUAAAUUGCACACUCUUUACUCUUACUUUAUCUCCCUCGUCCCAUCAUCUGGUGCCAAAACUAGACAAGGCGUCUGUGGCUGAGACUGGACGCGAUGGCUAGUUUGGCACUCCUGUCCUACGUUGCAUUUCUCACACCUUCCUCUUCUUAAUGGAAACCGAACCAGACUCCCCACAUUCUGCCAUCUUACGCGUGAGAUUGCCUGUGAGGAGUCAAUGAAACCUAACGAUCUGACUCAAUACUCAAGUUAUCCCACCCCCUCCCCCGCCUAAAAACUUCAAUGAGAUAUGACAGGCUGAGUUUAAGCCCGUUGGAUUAUAAUGAGGAAAAGUUGUACAGGACCAGUCCCACCCUCCACGCUACUGUCAUGCUUGAUCGGCAAGGCCAGACCGAGGUGACUGGAUUUCAGCCUUGAGGAAUUAUUUCUUCUCCGUCGUGCUCCGGAACCAUCACACCAUGGACCAUUUUAGUAAGACAUUUCGUCCUGUUCUCGGUUUCACGUCAAAUAUCCCACCAAUUUGGGAACCAAAGCUGUGGCUUCCAGGACAGGCAGCCUGUUUAAACUACUGACACGUAAAGUCAGAGCAGUGGCAGUUUCAGUAAGUUGAUUCACAAUGAGAAGAAAGUGUGAUUAUUUAUCAUAACACAGUGUCUCCCCUUUCAAAUCUGACGCCUCACUACCGAAGGCAGCCUCGCGCCUUGUCCAGGUGGCCGCGAGGUCGUUGACUGUCAUGCCAUCCCUAUGUGCUUGGCUUGUCCCUUAACACUCGCUUUACGGACUAUCACUGAAUUUGUCAAAAUUUGCGUGAUUUUCUCCACAAUCCAACUAUUGGAAGUUAUAUUCUCAUUUUACUUUAAACUGCACCUCAAGGAUAAAAUUAUUAAAAACGGUAAUUCUGGUUCAACCCAUUUACUUCCUGGUGAGCGAACUUCCUUUACUUUUUGUCCUUUUUACCUCUCAGAUACCCUUGUUACAAUCGUCGGGAGUGCUUACCGUGGCAGUGAGACAACUGGCCCUUCAGGUCUUGUCAGAUACGUUGGCCUUCCUCCCGGUAAACACAUGUUCCCCUUUCUGUACAACCGAGUCUUAUCCCUUCGUUAUAUCUGCCUCAGGCUUAUUUAGCUGCCAUGGUUCAGAAUGGACGAAUAUAUUUUUUAUGUUGCCCUUACUGUUACGAAGUUUGGUGUCGAUGUUUCCGCCUCUCACUCUAUUUACACUGGCGUGCGCUUCCGCUACUACUGUUGUUUUUUUUAUUAGUUAAAUCACCCAUCUGGGAGUGUGUUGUCGGCUCCUAAGUGUCAAACUGUUUCUAGUCUGCUUGCUUCUUAUUUUGCCGCGUCAAGCAAUAGGUGUAGCUGGUAUCAAGCCUGGAAAAGUGAACUGAUGUUGUCUGAAGUGCCCCUUUUAUAAAUUACUUUAGCGCUGCACUAGGUCUGCUAGCGUCGGUUAGGAAAAGUCGGUUGGGCAUAGUAGUAUGGAUCCCCGUAUUACAGGGAUUCCAGUUAGGAGAGUUUGCAUGAGGGUUGUGAUUAGUAUUAUACGGGUUUGUGUUAUGGAAGUUAGCGUUGGUGUUAAAGCUGGGGCACAGGAGUAGGAACUCCCCGUGGAAUUUAUCGCGAGGCCACCUAUAGUAGUGGGGGAGGGGUGUUCGUAUUCCCAUGUCCAACUCAAUAAUGUAAUGCGUCUCCGUUGUGCCUGGAAGUGCGGCCAGACAUUCCUUAUAUCGUAUUAUCCAUGUACUCACACGACUAUCUAGAUUCUUCUUUAAAAAUAUGAUCAUAGGUAUUAGGCUUCUUACUGAACGGUACCUGACCCAUAGAAACCGCAAUACCCAGUGGUUUGGUUUCUUGGUCGUAUGUACGCAUACGCGCUAACAGAGGUACACAGGCUCAUUUCCUGUCGAAACUGCAGGAUCUGAUGCAUCUCCAUCGGUAUGGAAGAUACCUCGUUGAUUAUGAGGUUUCCUGACACAGGACGUUUACUUUUUAGCUACUUGUACUGUGCAUAUGAAAUUAUCGCACACAAUGUCCCUAAAACAUGGUAAAACUUUCCGAACUUGUUUCUUUUACAUACGUCUUUUUUACAGGUGCGAUGACAAUAACCAUACAAACAUUAUUAGCCUAGGUACUUUUACCUGUGAUUAUAAUUUAAGCAGCCAGUUGUCUUUUUAUGCGAUUUGCUUAAAUAGGGAUGGAGCAUCACUUUACUAUUCCACCAUAAAAUACCCACUAAAGAUCGCCAAUAAUUGACUUGCAUCCAUGAUGUUCUGUAUGAGAUACAGUGUGUCCCAGCGCCUCGAAGUGUUCAUGCCAAGAAACUUUCGAUGCCACUACCCCUUUACAAGAAACUCAAAAUAUAUGCCACAGUGUUGCUGAAUGUUUUUGUUGGAUUUUUUAAAUUGAAAAUUAUCUAACCCGGCACCGGUUAUGCCGUUGUGCUUCGUAAAGCUUAUGUCCGUAACGAGUCUGCCUAUCUUUGAUGAAAUAGCACGUCUUUCUUGAAGUAGAUUUAGACAUGCGUUGUCGAUCCAACAGAGUAGUUGCUUAGUGUGUCUAAUUUCCCCUACUCUGCUUCAAAAUGGAGCCUAGUUGUCAUCUGCAGACUGCAUACCUAGUUUUAUUUCGAUACAAGGAACCAAUGCCAUACCUCCCUUCUGUCUUGUGUCGGAAAAAUGAAUUACUGUUCCUUAUGUCUCUCUUUCUACACCUUUUAGGUGAGUACUACCUACAGCCAAUGCUGAAGGAAUACGAAUUCAUGAUACGCAAAGGAAGCACGCUGGUCAGCCUGAUGGAACAUGCAGUUUCGGUAGUGGAGGGUGGUUCAAUUAGCCUGGGGCUUGUAGGCAAACGGGUCGCGUUCUCGGCUUUUGGGAAGGUAAUAAGGCGCAUUUUUAGCCUGUACAUUAUCCUAUUUGCGCGUGUUCCACCGGUUUCUGCUGUUGUUUAUCACUUUACUUUUACUUUCUGAUCGACACCGGCGCUCCACUAGCUCCGCCUCACCUCUCCCCCUCCCCCGGCGGGAAUCCUGUCGGUCUUUAAAAUCUUCAUGCCCUUUUCCCCACUUCUGUCCACUUUCUGUUUUUUCCUUUUACCUAGGUCACAUCUCUGUCAGGAUUUCCAGAGGCCGACGUCAUCGUAGAGGCGAAAAUGAUUACGAAGGCUGAGGUAGGGGAUAAGCAGAGAGUCUAUCCGUCGCGUGAUGCUGAACCCGCCGUUGAGUGCCGUCAGCAGUCCGGCAGCGUUGGUUUCCCCUAUCCCCUGGAACAGGCAGUAACCGGACGAGAUGGCCAGUUCAAAUUGCGUGGUCUCUUCCCUGGUAGAGUUUCUUUGACUAACUUCGUCUCCUUUUUACUCCUGCCAGUUAUUGUUGAGCAAAUUGGAUGAUAACUUGUCAUUGCAGCUGUGUGCCGGGCUCGUAGACAAUUGUCUCAAUUGCAUCCACCGAAUUUUGUUGCCCGAACCUAUUGAGUCAGGCUCUUAUGGAUGCGGUCUUCCGACCGUUGCUCGCCCCCCAUUGGGCGACAUCCCGAGUACAUUUUACUACGGGCGUCAAAAUAUGGGGUUAGCAGGGCUGAUUGUAGGUUGGAUGACUGCAUUACCACGCCUUUAGUUUGUUUAAAUUACUUUAACUUUCUAUUAUUUCCUAAUCGAAUUAACCGGUAACCUUAACAUCCCGUUCAAGGGCAUGUACCGGUCUUUUGCAGUGUUACAGUUCCUCCUCUUGUCUACAUCGGAGGUCUUCUGCUGAAAGCGCGCAUUGCGAUAUUUUGUCUUCAGAAUUGUCCACCUCCCCUGUGUCUUCACAUUCGCGGCUUUAAUUUUCCUAGUGAGACCAAGUCUUAGGAGAGGUGACAGACAUCGCGUUCGAGCAAACUGAGGUUUUGCGUGUAUCUGCCCUUGGCUGUUAAUGGGAGUUGCAUCGUGCACACUGACACAAGAAGAUGCUGCGUGCAUCAGCCAAUAAAAAUGCAUAACAGGAUCAAUUUCUGUCCUAGAUACCAAAGAUUGCAACUGUGGAAUAAAACAAACUGAGUUGACACUCUUUCUGAUUCCCUUGCCUUGCCAAGUGAUCAGCGGUACGUGUUUUGCCCUUUUCCGCUUGACGGGAAGCCCGUUUUACUUGCGUCGAUAUGCGACCAAAGCGCGAACAGCAACAGCCUUAAAAACAGUUUCCAUUUUCUACCCAGGUUGUAAUGCUAGUUUUUAAAAUCGCCCUUGAAACAGGGUGGUCGCUCUUUUCCGCGUUUUGGUCUGGUUAUUUUGUCACUAUGUGCUCCGAAUUCUUGCUCGACAGUAUUCUGUUUGGCGCUUAAUGUGGGAGUUUUCUUGAAGUGGGCUUAAAUUCCUCCCAAAAGUAAUCUUGUCAUCCCAUUUACCACAAGAUGCGUUUGCAAUUCUAAGACCACCAUAUUGUUCAACAAACCUUGCACAUUCUGCACUUUUCCCCUUAUUUAACGGUUGUGUUAGGAUUAUCGAGCGUUUUUCUAUAAUAUAGAGUGGAUUUUUUCGUUAAAGUAAGCCCAUUUCUCAACCCACCCCACAGGUUGCUUUUACUCUGUGACAGUGCGCGGCCAGUCCAUGCAGAAAUCGCCCGAUACCUUGGAUGAGUUCGUCGAGCACUCUGCUGCCGGAACACAGCAUACCGUGCCACGAAGUAUCGUUGUUCGGAUGGCGACUGAAGAUGUCAGUGGACUCCACUUUUUCCUCUCCCCUUUGGUGUCCAUGGGGACGGUACGUUCUAAAAAUAGGACCCUAUUUCUGGAAAGAGUUUUCAUGAAUCUAUCGGGCCGUGUUGAGCUCGGGCAUUUUUUUUCUAGAUUUCGGCUACCGUUGAUACGCUGGAUUUGUUGCUACCCGGACUGAGUAUCGUAAUACACCCUGCCAACCAGCCGGAGCGGGCGGUUGUUCGCCACAAAUUCAGUGUGGGAUCACGUCUUUUCUUCCUAUCUGGGAAACAGCUUCAGCCUCUCCUUGGGUCAGUCCUCUAAGACGGUUUCAGAUGAUUUCAGCCCGUAGACUCUCGCUACUUGCAAUUACUUAGUAACGUUUUUAUUUGCUUUCGUAUUUUCUCCACAGGGGCGCAUACACCAUUCUGCUGGAGGCCAACUUCAACCCUAGUGUUCGCGACCAAAAUACUACAGUACAGAAGUUUGACUUUAAUCUCUGGUCUACUUCUAGUCAUCAUUUCAGUUUUACUUACCUCCCUAA